GGUGGUCUCAUCCACCUCAACAAAACAUGCGAAACAGGAUUCGAGACAUAGAAUCUGCUCCCGACCACGACAGGAACAUGACCUUCUUCAGGACACAGUCAAGCAUAAUGCGGCAAAUGCUUGGUACCAAUUGCAUAGCUUACCAAGCAGAAGCAUUGUUGGCGGAGCUAUCAUCAUACUCCACGUACAGACUACCUUCACAGAAAUAAAGCGUCGUCCUUGAUCUGCUCUCUGGUUUUUUCUCUUGCGGCCAACCUUUCGUCGAGCAUGCCUACAAGCAGAGUCGCACUGGCCGGGGCCACCGGCAACCUGGGCGUCCCAGUCCUCGAAGCGCUCCUAGGCGCCGGCCUGUCAGUGACAGUCCUCUCACGCGUGGGCGGCAACUCAUCCAAGCUGAAACAGCGCUCCAAUCUCACGAUCAAAUACGUGGACUUCAAUUCGACGCAGUCCCUGGCUUCAGCGCUGCAAGGCAUCGAGGUGGUGGUCUCCUGCCUGGCCACAUUAGCCAUCGGCAGCCAAAACCCAUUGAUCGACGCCUCGGUAGCGGCCGGUGUCAAACGGUUCAUCCCCGCAGAGUUCGGCAUGGACUCACUCAACCCGCUCUGCGUGCACUUGCCUGUUUGCGCUCCAAAAGCUGCAACACAGAAAUAUCUUGAGGCCAAGGCCCAGGCCAACCCGGGCUUCUCUUGGACAGGGAUCGCCAACGGACUAUUUCUCGAUUGGGGAUUACAAGUGGGCUUCAUCAUUGACACAGUUCGACACACCGCGACGCUGUACAGCGGCGGUGACAUACCCUUCAGCACCACGACGUUAGCUGACGUCGCCAGGGCCGUCUUGGGCGUCAUCAGGAACCAAGACGAGACGGCGGAUCGGCUGCUUUACAUCCAUUCGACGGUGACGACGCAGAACAAGUUGAUCGGGUACGCCAAGGAGAAGGACGGCAAAACAUGGCGGACGACUUGCAAGGACACCGAGGAUCUCCGGCGGGAAAGGUUCGGCAGUCUGCACAACGGGCACACGAUGGAGGCCAUGGACGGGUUCUGUGUGGUGGCGAUGUUCACCCCGGACUAUGGUUGUGACUUUUCGACACACUUGGAUAAUGAGCUGGUGGGAGUCAAGGGCAUGGAUGAGAAUGACUUGAGGGAAUUGGUGAGGGGUUUUGUGCAGUAAUGAUUUGAAACUCCAGUGGCGAGGCGGAGUAGAGGGAAAGAAUACAACAGCAGGAUACGGGUACAUGUCCUACACAACGUCCUAGCUAUUCAUCCGACUCGGACCUCAUGGUACAGAUCUUUCCAUUCUUCAACCACGAUCUCAGCACAUUCGGGCCUGCAUGCUCUUUAGCUGUAAACUCAGCUGGCCAGAUUGUCCCAAGACCCAUGACCCAAUCUCGGAACCGAUCCGAAAGAGGCAAGAAAAGCUACUGGCGGUAAGGCGGUCUGCAACUUUAGUGCCCC